UAAUUGAGAUCUCGUGUUUGUCUGGGCAGGUUUGGUUUGCUUUUUGUUCGUUUUGGUUUUAGGCAUAGAGCCAGCAGAGAUUUCGUGGCUCAGGAGUAAGUCCUGUGCGGGUUCUCGGCGUUUUAGGGCGUGGACGAACGGCCACCUGAGGCCAAGGCGAGCGAGCCGUCCCCCUUCCCAGGAGAGAGAGUGCUGGAAAGAACAGUGCCGUGAGCGUCUGUGCCUUCCUAUGAGGCAUCUGGCGCUGAGCCCAGUCAGGAAACAGGAAAACUGGCAGGUUGUAUUCAGCCCGGGACCGGGACCUUGUAAAACCAUCACGCGGCCCAGGUUUACGUGCAGGAACAAACUCGCUCACCCUGGCCCACUUCCUCUCGCCAGGACCCGCCAUGAGAACGCCGUGUUUUGCGUUUGGAGCACGCCUUGAACUUGCUUCGUCCUAGUAAUUGGCACUAAGUGAAAACUUCCCGUAUUUAGAGACCCAGUCCUGCCUGCUUUUUAUGACUCGUGCUGACUCCGGCAGGACCAGCUCUGCCGAGAGGCCACUUACACGCAGGUUGGCGGGAGCAGGACAGGAGGGAAGAGCCUCUGAAGGUGGACGGGAAGACCCCAGGCCCUGGGGAGGUCCCGCGUGCUGACCGUGGGCCGGAGCGUCCCCCCGCCCAGAAAAAGAAGAAUUAAUCCAGAGCAUGCUGACCCAGGUCGUAGAGCAGUUCUCAAGAGCGUUUAAGAUCAACGAACUCAAAGCCGAAGUCGCGAAUCACCUGGCCGUGCUCGAGAAGCGCGUCGAACUGGAAGGCCUGAAAGUGGUGGAGAUUGAGAAAUGCAAGAGCGACAUCAAGAAGAUGCGGGACGAGCUGGCGGCCCGAAGCAGCAGGACCAGCUGUCCCUGUAAGUACAAUUUUGUGGAUGCCAACAAGAAGAUGACGCCCCGGCGUGAUGUCCCCACUUACCCCAAGUACCUGCUCUCUCCAGAGACCAUCGAAGCGCUCCGGAAGCCCACCUUUGACGUCUGGCUCUGGGAGCCCAACGAGAUGCUGAGCUGCCUGGAGCACAUGUACCACGACCUGGGCCUGGUCCGAGACUUCUCCAUCCACCCCGUCACGCUCAGGAGAUGGCUGCUCUGCGUGCACGACAACUAUAGAAACAACCCUUUCCACAACUUCCGGCAUUGCUUCUGCGUGACCCAGAUGAUGUACAGCAUGAUCUGGCUCUGCCGGCUCCAGGAGAAGUUUUCCCAAAUGGAUAUCUUGAUUCUAAUGACGGCAGCCAUCUGUCACGAUUUGGAUCACCCAGGGUACAACAACACGUACCAGAUCAACGCCCGCACGGAGCUGGCCGUCCGUUACAAUGACAUCUCGCCCCUGGAGAACCACCACUGUGCCGUGGCCUUUCAGAUCCUCGCCCAGCCCGAGUGCAACAUCUUCACCAACGUGCAGCCGGACGGGUUCAAGCAGAUCAGACAGGGGAUGAUCACUCUGAUUCUAGCCACUGACAUGGCAAGACACGCAGAAAUUAUGGAUUCUUUCAAAGAGAAAAUGGAGAAUUUUGACUACAGCAACGAACAGCAUGUGACCCUCCUGAAGAUGAUUCUGAUAAAAUGCUGUGAUAUCUCCAACGAGGUGCGUCCGAUGGCAGUUGCAGAACCUUGGGUGGACCGCUUGUUGGAAGAGUAUUUCAUGCAGAGCGACCGUGAGAAGUCGGAAGGCCUUCCCGUGGCCCCUUUCAUGGACCGGGACAAAGUGACCAAAGCCACGGCCCAAAUUGGGUUCAUCAAGUUUGUCCUGAUCCCCAUGUUCGAAACGGUGACCAAGCUCUUCCCUGUGGUCGAGGAGCUCAUGCUGCGGCCCCUCUGGGAAUCCAGAGACCGUUACGAGGAACUGAAACAAAGAGAUGACUCCGUGAAAGAGAGGGAGACGGAGAGCUUGACGGCGGGGGGCACCGACAUGUCGUCGAGAGAGAAAAGCAGAGAUGUGAGAAACAGAGAAGAGGGUGCUAUUCUGAACUGACGUCUCGAUGCACAUGACGGAGCCUGGAGGAGGCAGGACGAUGCGGGCCGUGGUUCUGGAACAGGCUGGCCGAGCCUCGCGAGCCGUCCGCGCGGGGGAGAAGUUCAUUCCGAGCGCCUGACUCCACGAGACCACGUUUUCUAAGAACUGUUUUGUUCACCGAUACAAAAAAAAAAAAAAAGGAAAACGGAAUUCAUGAUGCUGUACAGAAUUUUUAUUUUUAAACUGUCUUUUAAAUAAUAUAUUCUUAUACAGAAACGGGUACUGUACUUUUUCUUUGUAGUGUUGUGUAUCCGGGGGCUGCGUGUGGCAGUCCCCAGAGCCCCCGAGCUCUCACGGGGGGACAGGAACUGUGCUUUGCUCGCAGAUGUGUCUGCGCGGUGUGAUGUGACGCUCCCUCCCGUGUAAAUUCAGAAUUAAAUGCCAGGCGGUGCCCGGAGC